CAAAUCUAUGGAUUGCCAAAAGUCCACAUUAUAGGAGCAACUCCCAGAGCUGCUAGAGAUCAAGUUGAAACGUUUCCACAGAAAGGAGUUCAACUAAGAAGCCAUGGAUGUGCAAAAGAGGAUUGCUCAGCAGAUAAGGCAAGUGCUGCUUUUCUUUGUUUUGUUGGGAGGGUCUUUGGUGUGUUCUGAGACCUGGAGAUAUUCUGUGGCUGAGGAAAUGGAGAUUGGCUCCUUUAUAGCUAAUGUGAUAAAAGAUAUGGAUUCCAGUGUGGAAGACCUGGCUACACGGAGGGCCAGAGUCAUCUUUGACGACUAUAAACCUUACUUGAGAUUGGAUCAGCAGACUGGAAACUUGCUUUUAAAUGAACAACUGGACCGGGAGGCGCUUUGUGAUAUCACUGAGCCCUGUAUAUUGCAUUUCCAGGUAUUAUUUGAAAAUCCUUUGCAAUUUUUUCGGGCUGAGCUUUUGAUCGAAGAUAUAAAUGAUCACAUUCCCAUGUUCCUAGAUGAAAACAUACUCCUAAAAAUCUCUGAAGGUACUACACCAGGAACUUCAUUUCAAAUGGACAGUGCUCAGGACUUAGAUGUAGGAAGAAAUAGUGUUCAAACCUAUACAAUAAGCCCCAAUCCUUACUUCCACCUCAGCAUACAAGACAGUGAUGAUGGCAGAAGAUACCCAGAGCUGGUAAUUGACCAAUCUCUGGAUCGAGAAAAGGAGCCUGAACUUAUUUUAACUCUGACAGCUUCAGAUGGUGGGUCCCCACCCAGGUCUGGGACUGCACUGAUUCAAGUUGUGGUUCUUGAUAUCAAUGACAAUGCCCCAGAGUUUGAGAGACCAGUCUAUGAGGUGCAGGUCCCAGAGAACAGCCCUGUUGACUCCUUGAUAAUCACAGUGUCCGCUACAGAUUUAGAUGCAGGAAUAAAUGGAGAACUAGCCUAUUCAUUUUCCCAUAUCUCUAGAGAUGUGCGGAAAACAUUUGAAAUCCACCCAAUUUCUGGUAAUAUCCAUUUGAAAACAAUUCUUGAUUUUGAGAUUAUUCAGUCGUAUACAAUAAAUAUUCAGGCCACUGAUGGUGGGGGUCUUUCUGGAAAAUCAGUCAUUAUAGUUCAGGUUGUAGAUGUGAAUGACAACCCACCAGAAAUAGCUAUGACAUCUCUUACUGGCCUCAUACCAGAAAACUCUUCACCAGAGAUGGUGGUUGCUGUUUUCAGCAUCCGAGACAAAGACUCAGGGGACAAUGGGAGAAUGAUUUGCUCAAUUCAAGACAACCUCCCCUUUCUAUUGAAGCCUACUUUCAAGAAUUUCUACAUGCUGGUAACAGAGCACCCACUGGACAGAGAGAUAAGAACUGAAUAUACUCUCACCAUCACUAUCACAGAUUUUGGAACACCCAGAUUGAAAACCACACACAAUGUAACAGUAGAGAUCUCCGACGUCAACGACAACGCCCCUGCCUUCUCGCAGACGUCCUACACGCUGUCGGUGCGCGAGAACAACAGCCCCGCCCUGCACAUAGGCAGCGUCAGCGCCACAGACAGAGACUCAGGCAGCAACGCCCAGCUGACCUACUCGCUGCUGCCGCCCCAGGACCCGCACCUGCCCCUCGCCUCGCUGGUCUCCAUCAACGCGGACAACGGGCAGCUGUUCGCGCUGAGGGCGCUGGACUUCGAGGCCCUGCAGGCGUUCGAGUUCCGCGUGGGCGCCACAGACCGAGGCUCGCCCGCGCUGAGCAGCCAGGCGCUGGUGCGCGUCGUGGUGCUGGACGACAACGACAACUCGCCCUUCGUGCUCUACCCGCUGCAGAACGCCUCUGCGCCCUGCACCGAGCUGGUGCCCAGGGCGGCAGAGCCGGGCUACCUGGUCACCAAGGUGGUGGCGGUGGACAGAGACUCGGGCCAGAACGCCUGGCUGUCGUUCCAGCUGCUCAAGGCCUCGGAGCCCGGGCUGUUUGGCGUGUGGGCGCACAAUGGCGAGGUGCGCACCGCCAGGCUGCUGAGCGAGCGCGACGCGGCCAGGCACAGGCUGGUGGUGCGGGUCAAGGACAAUGGCGAGCCGCCGCUGUCUGCCAGCGUCACGCUGCACGUGCUGCUGGUGGAUGGCUUCUCGCAGCCCUACCUGCCGCUGCCGGAAGUGGCGCCCGAUCGCGCGCAGGCCGACUCGCUGACAGUCUACUUGGUCAUCGCCCUGGCCUCGGUGUCGUCGCUCUUCCUCUUUUCGGUGCUGGUGUUUGUGGCGGUGAGGCUGUGCAGGAGGAACAGGGCAGCGCCCAGCUCUGUGCCUGAGGGCCACUUUCCUGGCCACUUGGUGGACAUCAGUGGCACUGGAACCCUGUCUCAGAGCUACCAGUAUGAAGUGUGUCUAAAGGAAGGCUCAGGGACUAACGAUUUCAAGUUCCUGCAGUCUAUUAAGCACAACCAUCAAAGGACUGUGAAUGACACAGGGUAAAAUUCUAGCUUUGUAAAUGGUUUGGGAUAUAAUUAGUAGUCUGUUGGUUUUGAGAUCAUUUGGAAUGAAGGUUAAAGUUCUUUCUAAAUAUAAUGUGUCUCCAUUAUAUUUUUGGUUCAUGUAAAUUUUUCUAGUGUUUUUCAUUCAUUUUUCUAGUUAAUAAGAAAUUUUCCUCUAGUGUAUUCCCAUUGUUUCCUUUUCCUUUAUCAUUUUUACUUGAUGGUAAUGAACCUUCAACUCUACUGUUACUGUAAAGUUGCAAGUAUAUCUGUUCUAUCAACAUUACUUUUUAGUGUUGGGGAUUGAACCUAUAGGUGCUUUAACACUGAAGGACAUCCCCAGCACCUUUUUAUUUUUUUUAUUUUGUGACAGGAUUUUUCUAAGUUGCUUAUGACCUUGCUAAGUUGCUUCAGCUGGCCUGGAACAUGUGAUCCUCCUGCCUCAGCCUCUGGAGUUGCUGGGCAUGGGCCACUGUACCCAGCUUAUUUAUCAACAUUUCAACAUCAAAUAGUAUUGAUGGGAAUAUGACCCCAGCCUCAUUCUCUAUUUCAUUGUUUUCCAGUCAUUUUUUCUAAACUUUUGAUGUUUUGAAGCAAGCAUAAUGUAAUGAAUUAUUAGUAUGUAUUUUGUUUAACCUGAUAAUAUGCUUUCAUGUGGAGCAUAUUUAAAUGGAGAAAUAUCUGCCAAAGUUCAUGGUUUUAUUUUAUAGGAGGAUUAAAUGGGAAAGACUAUAAUUUCUCUCAAACUUAAAGUCUUUCCUACGCUUUAUAUAUCAACCCUCAGCAUAUAAUUAUUAGAAUAUCUUGAGCAUUGCAUGUGAUAUUAUGUUGGCUAAAUAUGUGAAAUAAGUACAAAAAGUCAAUACUCUGAGAGACAAGAAGGAAUGAGAUAUCAAAAAAGUAACUUUGGUGUAGGUGUAGAUUUUCCUGUUACAGAUGUUUCAUUCCCUCCUAAUUAGUUUUAUGUCCUGGUAUUAUUAAAAAUAACUUUCCUCUAAGAUAGCUAAGUGAGGGUUUUUUUCUUGUUAAAAAGCAUGUUUAGAUAUUCUUGUAUAUAUUGGUAAAUUAGACCUUGCUGUUAAUUUGAGGUUUUCAGUAUAAAGUUUUAUAUUACCAUAAUAUCAUCUGCAAUCAAAAGGGUUGUUGACUAUUAGUAGAGUGGAAGGGAUAUGUACAAGUUCUGUUAAAAUCUGUAAUUUAAGAAGAACUGAAGGAGUUUCCAAAUGUGCUUUCCAAGUGUUUAAUAGAAAUUCUUAGAAAAUUCUGCUAUACAAGAAAGAGCUUUUGAAUAUCAUUAGUACCAUAAUGUUUGUGUAUCAUAGUGUUUGUGUGAAAUGCCAUUGAUGAUGUAAAAUGUAUAUUUAAAAGAGAUGUAUACCUUAUUUGUAGGAUAUUCAUAACCUUAUUGUUAUAUUAUUUCUUUUUACAAUGUAUCUUUUUGGUUAGAAAGGGCCAAGAUAUUUUACCAUUCAAUGACAAGACAUUUUAUAUCACUCUGAAUUAUUUUAAAUGACUCUUCAAAAGUUCAUAGAAAAUAGAUACUUGGGAACAUUCUGUCUUGUUUAAUUCAACUUAUCUAAUGGACUGGGAUCCCAGCAAAAGGAGGAAUGUUUAUGUAGGUGAAGAAUCCAUCUGUUAGAAUUUUAAAAUUAAUUGUGAUUUAUCCACUGGUCCAUUGGACAAAUAUUUGUUGAGCAUCUACUAUGAGCCAGGGAUUACUUGGGUGAUGCAGGUGAAUAAAAUAAAGUUCUAGCACUCAUUGGUGACACAGGAAAGAAAUAAAUAUGUACAUCUAUGCUAUGACAGAUAAUAAAUGCUAUGGAGAAAAAACAGAGCAAGAUAUAUAGGAAGUCCCUUCAUAUGCAUUUUCCUAUUAUUGAAAUAUUUUAUAAAAUUUUAA